AUGCCAAAAGAACAAUACAUGUGUCAACUAUGCGCAAAUCAUGGUAUUUUUAAUCAACCGAAGAAAGGACAUAAACAAAAAUGUCCACAUAGAAAUUGCACAUGCAGUUUAUGCGCGCUGAACACUAAACGACGAGCUCUGGAUCAGAUCGAGAGACAAUUGAAGAACGCAUCAAAUGAAGCGAAAAUUGAUCACGUUACGUCCACAAAUUCAGAAGACUUCUCCAUCGCACCGACGACAGUAAAAUUGCCUCCGACCUUGUCACCUCACUCGUAUUCAUCUCCUGAGUCCAACUCGACGUCAACGUUCAGCGUUGCUCUGCCAGCCACAAUCACUCGACGAGAAGUACGUGGACUGUUGAAGGAAGAGCUGCGCGGUUAUCCACGAAACGAUUCACGAACGUUGACACGAAAUCCAUCCAGGACAUUGAAAGCCGCUUUAGCGAAUAUUCAACGUACCCGUAGCAUAUUUCAUUCGGCUGAACAGUUGGCUGGGACCUCCUCAUAG